AUGCAGCAAUUUGAUGACUUUAAGAAAUGCUAUGGAGAAAUCCUCUAUCGCUGGGGUCUGAGAGAGAAACGAGCCGAAGUCCUGAAGUUUGUUUCCUGUCCCCCUGACCCUCACAAAGGCAUCGGUCUCCAUUUGUCAGAGUCCCUGUCAGUUAUAUCUUAUCAUCUCCUCCAGAAAUCACGGCGAUGGAAAAGUAAGCGCGAGGGAUCGGACUCUGGCAAUCGGUCCAUCAAAGCCGCUGGAAAAGUGAUCGUUCAGGACAUUGCUUGCCUUCUUCCUGUUCACAAAUCACUGGGAGAGCUGUACAUAUUAAAUGUGAAUGAUAUUCAGGAAACAUGUCAGAAGAAUGCUGCUUCUGCCUUGCUCGUUGGGAGGAGGGAUCUCGUCCAGGUUUGGUCACUGGCUACAGUAGCUACGGAUCUUUGCCUUGGUCCGAAGUCUGAUCCAGAUUUGGAAACACCGUGGGCUCGGCAUCCAUUCGGGAGACAGCUGCUGGAGUCUCUGUUGGCCCAUUACUCUCAACUUCGGGAUGUUCAAACAUUGGCUAUGCUCUGCAGUGUAUUUGAAGCCCAGUCUAGGCCUCAGGGGAUCCCAAACCCCUUCGGGCCUUUUCCCAACCGCUCUUCCAAUUCUGCUGUGUCCCAUAGUCGAUAUCCAAGCUUCACUUCCUCUGGUUCCUGCUCCAGUAUGUCAGACCCGGGGCUCAACAUGGGUGGCUGGAACAUAGAAUUUGGUGUGUACUGCAGCCAUUGCCGAAGCGAGGUCCGAGGCACGCAGUGCGCCAUCUGCAAAGGCUUCACGUUUCAGUGCGCCAUCUGCCAUGUGGCGGUACGAGGAUCGUCCAAUUUCUGCCUGACCUGUGGACAUGGUGGGCACACCAGCCACAUGAUGGAGUGGUUUCGAACCCAGGAGGUGUGUCCAACCGGCUGUGGGUGCCACUGCCUGCUCGAAAGCACUUUCUGA